AUGAAUGCUUCAGCUGUUGAAUGCGAAGUUGAAUAUCCUUUGACACGUGUGGAAGUUAAGGCUGUUUCUAUACAUGGCGGUUUUCACGGCGAAACUAUUGACAAUAUUAUCCUCGGGCAAUUACCACGCCACAUAAAUAUGGGCUUUGUUGAUAACAAAGCUUUUAACGGCGAUCCAAAAUUGAAUCCUUUUAAUUUUUAUCAUUAUAAAAUUAAUUAUCUGUCCUUAUAUGUUGAUGGGCGUCGAAUUCCUUCAAAACCACUCCAACCAGAUUUAACUAAGGAUUCUCUGUAUGUUGAUUGUUAUCGCACGUUGUUCUCAGGAACAGGUAUAAAUUUUCUUAAUGAAGAAAACGGCAUUAAUCGUGCUACUCAUCCAAAUGGCUACUGUUUAUGUGCUUUUGUUUUGACACCGGAUCUUUCUGCAAAUAGCAAUACACAUUGGAAUUUGAUCAGACAUAGCAGUGUACGCCUAGAAGUACGUUACGCCUACAGGCGUAAGAUCAGUGCUCUGGUAGAGUGGCUCUAA